AUGCAUAUACUGUCACUGAACUUUACGAUUCUUAAAUUUUGUGGCGUGUGGCGACCGCUACCAUGGCAUACCGGUUGGAAAUUUGUGCUCUAUAACUGCUAUACACUUAUUAUCACUUUCUUCAUUUCCACGUUUAUUGUAUCUGAGUUUAUCGACCUCGUCAGUUCAUUCGACAGUGUUGAAGAAUUCGCUCAGGGUUCGUUCAUGUUACUAUCAAUAAUCACAGUGUUUGGAAAAAUGAUGGUUUUUUUAAUAAAACGACGAGAAAUAAUCGAACUAACGAAUGACUUGGUAAAUGAUGUUUGCGAACCACGAGAUGCGGCAGAGAUUCAAAUUCAGGCACGUAGCAAACGUGAUGCCAGAUGGAUUACGUCUUGGUGUUCGGUACUGUUCAUGUCGACGGCAUUUCUCAUGAUAUUGCAAUCGAUAAUUAUGGAUUUACCUGAACGUAAACUGCUGUUCGAAGGCUGGUUCCCUUAUGCCUACAACUCGACACAAAUCGUUUUCCUCUUUACAUACUUCCAUCAAGCCGUAACAUUAAGUACAGGAGCAACCGUAAACAGCGCCUUUGACACAUUAUUUCCUGGUCUCAUUAUACUCACUUGCUCUCAAAUGAAAAUUCUCAAAUACCGCUUCGAGGCUAUACCGCAAAUUAUAAGCGCACGAAAAAAGUCAUCGGAGAGUAACGGCGACGAAGACGACGAGAAAAAAAACCGAGAAUUGGAGACCCAAUUGUUGACAGAUUGCAUCAGGCAUCACGUCCGAAUAUUUCGAUUGGCCGAUACACUAAACGAGAUCUUCGGCUUCGUUAUUUUUCUACAAUUCAGCAUCAGCUCUCUCGUACUUUGCGUUAACGUGUAUAGGGCUUCAAGAAUGAAAAUUUUCAGUACAGAAUUCGUGCCUAUCAUCAUGUAUCUUGCUUCAUUGCUGACGCAAAUAUUCAUUAUGUGUUACUACGGAAAUGAAUUAUCACUUGAGAGUAUGGACAUUUGCGAAGCUGUUUACAGCAUGGACUGGACAUCGCUCAGCCCUGGAAUGAAUAAAAGUCUGAUGGUAAUAAUGCUAUGUUCGCAACGACCAAUAACUUUUAUUUGCUACAGUGUCAUAUCAUUGUCGCUCGUUGCAUUUACUAGACUCAUCAAACUGUCAUACUCUGUCUUCAACAUUUUUCCCGGGACUCGAUGUAGCAAAUUACGAAUUAUCUUGUACCACAGCGAACUCAUGCUGUCUCAUAAACGCUUCAUGACUAGACUCGAUGGCGGCCCGGUUAUACCAAAAAUGCAUAUACUGUCAUUGAACUUUACGAUUUUUAAGUUUCUUGGCCUAUGGCGACCAUUAUCAUGGCUUACCGGUUGGAAAUUUGUGCUCUAUAACUGCUAUACAGUUAUUGUCGUCCUUUUUGUUUUCACGUUUGUCGUAUCUGAAUUUAUCGAACUCUUCUGUUCAUUCAACAGUGUUGAAGAAUUCGCUCAGGGUUCGUUUGUCUUGCUAUCGAUGAUCGCAAUGUCUGGGAAAAUGGCGGUUUUAUUAAUAAAACGACGUGAAAUAAUCGCACUAACGAAUGACUUAGUAAACGAUGUUUGCGAACCACGGAAUGCGGUAGAGAUUCAAAUUCAGGCACGUAGCAAACACAAUGCCAGAUGGAUUGCGUCUCGGUAUGUGGUACUGUUCGUAUCAACGGCAUUUCUAAUGGUGUUGCAAUCGAUAAUUAUGGAUAUACCUGAACGUAAACUGAUGUUCAAAGGCUGGUUGCCUUAUGCCUACAAUUCGACACAAAUCGUUUUCCUUUUUACAUACUUCCAUCAAGUCGUAACAGCAAGUGCAGGAGCUACCGUAAACAGCGCCUUUGACACAUUAUUUCCUGGUCUCAUUAUACUCACGUGCGCCCAAAUGAACACUUUAAAGCACCGCUUCGAAGCUAUGCCGCAAAUUAUAAAGACGCGAAUAACGGCAUCGGAAAGUAACGGCGACGAAGACGACGAGAAAAAAAACCGAGAACUGGAGGCUCAAUUGUUGACAGAUUGCAUCAGGCAUCACGUCCGAAUAUUUCAAUUAGCCAAUACGCUCAACGGCAUCUUCGGCUUCGUUAUUUUUCUACAAUUCAGCAUCAGCACUCUCGUACUUUGCGUUAGCGUGUAUGAGGUUUCAAGAAUGAAAAUUUUCAGUAUAGAAUUCGUGCCCAUCAUCAUGUAUCUUGCGUCAAUGCUGACGCAGAUAUUCAUUUUGUGCUAUUACGGGAAUGAAUUAUCACUUCAGAGUAUGGACAUUUGCGAAGCUGUUUACAGCAUGGACUGGACAUCGCUCAGCACUGGAAUGAAUAAAAGUCUAAUAGUAAUAAUGCUAUGUUCGCAACGACCAAUAACUUUUAUUUGCUACAAUGUCAUAUCAUUGUCGCUCGUUGCAUUUACUAGACUUAUCAAACUGUCGUACUCUGUCUUCAACGUUAUUUCCCAAAACGAUUAACGCAUGACCAAUCGUGUACGACGCAAAGUGCCAC